GUGUCGCGUCUUUGUGACGUCACACUAUUGAUUGUAAAAAGGAAGGAGAUCGUCUUUUGGAGACGCCAUCUUAAAAUAAAGUGAUAUAAGUUUUUGGUAGCGUAGAUUAUAGUUUAAAUCUAAAGUAAUCUUCUUUAAGAAAUUAGCAAUCGAGCUUAGAUAUUUUUUAUUCCGUGAUACCAAGUGUAACGGACCAAGUUGGUGGUCAAAGCGAGGGUGACCUCCUGAUGGUGUGUACAUCGCAGCAUGUCUGCACUCUCGACGCCGGGCGGCGGAGGCACUACGGCGCAGAGCAAGCCGACGUCCGGCAAGCAAAGAUAUCAGAAGUUGGACAUCAAUAGCUUGUACUGCGCUAACAGAAACGAGAACUCAGAACCGUCCUCAGUAAAAUCUCAACUAAGCCGCAAACAUGGAAUGCAAAGUCUUGGAAAAGUACCUUCAGCUAGGCGACCACCUGCCAACUUGCCUUCUUUGAAAACUGAAACUGGUCAAGAUCCUAAUAUAAACUCUAUUUCUGCUGUUGCUACUACUGUAUCUACAACUUCAGCAUGUACUUCCCAAACAACAUCUACAACAUCGAACAGCAGUGUGCUUGCUGGGACUGGAGCAGGAGGAUGGGUGGCACUCCCCCCACCGUCCUCCCCCCACUUCCGCACAGAGUUCCCCUCACUAGAGGCAGCUGCUCAACCUUCACAUCGCUCAUCAGAACAUACGGCGCCACAACCACAAUUGAGACCACAAACGGAAGGCAGCUGGACGUGCGGUGGCACGGCGGGGGUCCGCCAGGAAGCCACAUCCGCCGCCGCCGCACCCGCCGCCGCGCCUGCCUCACAACAGAGUCCUGCCUGCCUCCCACGAUCGAUUCUGCCAUCUUUCAUGAAAGGUAGCAGUAGUGGCGGGCUCGGGCUGGGCACGCUGGGCGCCCUGCGCGGCGCCGCGGGCAGCGCUGCGGGCGCGGCUGCGAGCGCGGGGCCCGCGCCGCGGCAGGCGCCGCGCGCCGCGCCGGCCACUCCGCGAGCCGUCGAGGUGCUCACUGCACGCCCGAUCCUGCGUGACGAUCAGAUCUCUUCUCUUGAUGACAUUUCUCGAGAUGCCGGCUGGGCGCAGCAAGACGAUAUCGAUUAUGAUCAGAAGCUGGACUUCUCGGAUGGCGAAUCUUCCGCUCCUAGUAAGGGACAUAAUAGAGGUAAUCGCGCCAGCGCCGACAGUGAACGUGUUGAUAUGAAGCUUCAUGAACCUGGUGACGAAGAUCAGCUUUGGGCGGAGCGGCGCCAAAAACAGAGCAAUGAGGUAGCUCAGGCGGUAGCUCGAGCUCGACAGCGCAAAGAGGAAGAACAGAGGCGUCAACAUCGGGACGCACCCGCGUCCAUGCAGUCCAAAGAGGCGCGCGAUCGACCCGAUAGGAUGCCUGACCGAGACCGCAAUGACAAUAGAGAUAGGGAACAAGAAGGGAGAGAAAAGGACAGAGGUGAUAUCAGGGACCGAGAACGUGCCGAAAAUAGAGAUCGUAUAGAUAAUAGAGACAAGGACCGUAAUGAUGUACGUGAACGAGAGAAAGAUCGUGUUGAAAGCAGAGAACGUGACCGUAUUGAAAACAGAGACCGCUACGAUAAUCGAGACAGGGAUCGGGAUGUUAGAGACCGUGAUCGAGACCGCGAACGAGAGCGUGACCGGGAUCGUGAACGGGACCGCGACCGCGAUCGUGAUCGGGAACGCGACAGGGAUCGAGACCGUGAGCGAGACAGAUUAGAUAGAGGUCGGGUGGAAAAUAGAGAUCGUCCAGAAAGCGAUAAAGAAAGAACUGAGCCGAGGGAUCGUAAUGAGAAUAGAGAUCGUAAUGAUAACAGAGAUCGCAACGAUAAUAGAGACCGCAAUGACAACCGAGAUCGCUUGGACCGUGAUAGAUUUGACAGGGAACGAGAUCGAUCCGAUAGAGACCGCGACCGAGACCGCGGUGAUAGAGAUCGAAAUGAUCGUGAAAGGGAUAGAGAUCGCGAACGAGACUUUAGAGAGAGAGAUCGUGACUAUGGUCGCGACCGUGACCGCGACCAAGCUAAUCCAGCAUUUUCUAAAACGUUCCAAGCAAAUAUACCGCCGCGGUUCCUAAAGCAGCAGCAAAAUAGACAACAAGAUGAUCACAAAGGCUGGGCGUUUUCCGGAAAACCAGCACCUAGACGUCAAGAGCCAACAUCUUAUAAUGCACCUCGACACGCGCCACACAAUGGCCGUCGCUCUUAUUCACGGGACUAUUCUGACCGUGAAGAUGAUUUUAGAAGAGAUCAAAAAGAUGGACCUGGGCCGCAAUGGCGGUCUGAAAUGCAAGAUUAUGAAAGAUCUGGCCGUGAAUUGGACAGGUCUAAUUCAAAAGAUUCAUAUAGUGACUAUAAAGAACGGAGAAAUGAAUCUGAUAAAAAAUCAAUAGAGACUACUAUUGAACCUAGCAGCCGAACUGCUGCUGAUAAAUUGACAGAAGUAUUUGAAAGGAAGAGCAUAGGACUCGCUGAACCUUUUGCCAAUACUGACUCAACAUCUCAAGCACACGCUCCUGAUCGACGAAACUCUCCGCCGAGUUCGUCACAACGGGAAUCCUCUGAAAGAGAUUUUGGCAAGACAUCUUGGGCUGAAGUGACUCAGGAAGAACCUAAUAAUUCCAAUCAACACAAAUUAUCAACAGAUAAAAUCUCGGUGACAAAAGAUAAUGAACCAAUACCUAAAGAUGUUCAUGAUCGUGAAAAUGUAAAUGAUGACUCAAAGCAUAUCUCUCAACAAUCCCAAAUGACUCAUUCAGUUCAGCAAUCCCAAGUUCCACCAAGUAUUAUUCCAAACCCACCAACAGCUCAAACUCAAAUUCAAAAGGGUCAGAAUAACUUAUCUAAUAACAAUCAAAACUUUGGACAACCUCAACAAGCACAGUCCCAAGUACUUGUUAGCCAAUCUCAAACAUCCUUUACUGAAACUCAAACUACUUCUCUAUCUGCCCCAAAACACCAUAAUAUUAAUGAAGUGUCAUCAAAUAUUUCCCAGGCACAAAAACAAACCUCAUCUGAAAUAAUACCACAACAAAAUGUAGCUAAGCCUGUGUUCUCAGCUCAAAAGUCUGAAAAAGAACUUUCAGAAUCUGAAUCAAUAGCUUCUAAGUCUAGCACAGAUCCAUCCAGCUUAGUAGGAAUUAAAGUUAAUGAAACAUACUCUGCAGAAUCUCUUCAAGUUAGUGCAGCUUCCCAAAAACGUUCUACUGAUGAUAAGAAAAAUGAAAGAGUCAGCAAUGAGCAGCUUAACAAAAUUCCUGCAAAAGAACCCGUCGAACGAAAAUCGAGUGGAUCAGGAUCUGAAAAGAAAAGUCGAGGGUAUGGUGGAGGUGGCUAUGCAGUCUAUAAUAAAGGCUGGGGUCCACGACGUCGUUCUCAUCGUAGUUCUCGUUCAAACAAUAGAGCAAGUGAAUCCGAUGGCUCAACUGAUGGUGCUCCCAAUUCCGACAGGAAAGAGAGACGAAGAGCGCCACGUAGCCCACGGCCUAAGAAUACAACUGGUAAACCUGAAGAUGGCAAUCAACCUCUGAUCAUGGACCAACCUUCUGCUGCAACUGACAGCAAUGGAACAGCUUUUGAACCUCGCGGACAACCCUCUCGACGGGGACGUGGAGGAUUCCAGGGUAGUCAACGCCCGCAAGCACUUGCUCCUGCUAAAAGAGUGACUGGAUAUGGACCUCCCAAUACUAAAAGUCCAUUUAGUCAAGCCAAUCGGGCUGUAAAAGAUAAUGAAGAUCCUAAAGACAACGCACCAAUGGACGAUAAAAUGAAAGGGAAUAAUAAUAAGCCUAGAGCUGGUUCGUCUACAGGGAGAGGUCGUGAUCGGCGCCCUAAGGGCACUGGACCUCCAAGUGGUGAGGAUGAAAAUUGGGAGACAACAUCUGAGCAUUCCGAAGGUGGUACAUCUGGAAACCGUCGUUCUGCCGGUGGAAGACAAGCUGGUCAAUCCCAGAAAGUUCAAGGCGGCCGUAAUCAAAAUUCUGGGAACCGACAGAACAAUGGACGGAACUCUCAGGCCGGCAAAAAAGAAAAUGCCGUUGAUGGUAAAACUGGUGAUAUUACAGAGGCUAUGACAGAUCUCAAACUUACAUCUGGCAAAAAAGACGAUGAAGUCGUUGAUGAUGGUUUCCAAGAAGUAAGAAAUAAAAAGAAUUCGAAAGAUGCCAGAGGACCAACAAAGGAUGAUAACAAUCAACAUUCAACUAAACCAAGAUCUCAUUCCAAUCAAGGUGGUGGUAGAAAUGGAUCCACAACUAGAAAUGCUAAUGAUAAGUCAAACCCGCGAGGUUCAGCUCCAGUUACUACUAAGUCGAAUUCUCAAUAUGAGCGUCCGCGCCAGGCGAACCUGGCUCCUCGUUUCGUAAAACAGAGACAAAAGCAACAAAUGGGUUUGGUGUCUGGAUUUGGUCCAGACACUGGCGCUGCACCGCCACCACCGCCUGUUAACGCGUGGGACAAACCGAUAUCACAAACUCUACGUGGCAACGUAGAAGAACCAGCAGAACCAAUUGAGAACAAGUCUGCUCAGGUAAGCCAACGUAGUACGCCCGGCGACACUCCAGUUGAGAAUAAACCUAUUCAACCCACCUGCGCCAUUGUUGCUGAUAAAAGUGGUGUGUUAGAUGGUGCUACACCACCAGUUGAAACAAUCAUUUUUGAAAAUACGAAUUAUAAGACUGCAACACCUGAUGAAACAUUACAGCAAAAAUAUCAAAUGAAUGCUAUUCCAAAAACUCAAGCUGAGGAGAUAAAUACCGAAUUAGAAAACCGAGCGCUUGCAUUCAAUGGAGAAGUACGACCACGCCCUAGAUCUAUACAAGAAUUAAUAUCUGACAGACCUGUAGUGACUGAUGCUGAUGCUUCGAGUUUAGGUCUCCAAAUGACUUUUGAUACAUCUCAAAAACCAGAAGAUUCUUCAGACAUGAAACUUGAUUUUGCUUUUGAUUCUGAUCUCGGACAACUCACAGAAGAUAAGUCUGCGAAGUCUCUCGGUAUGCCACGCGGCGUUCACAUGAGCACAUCAAAUACUAUUUCACCUCUGGCAGCUGAUCUCAAUUUAAAAAUCGCCAGUGUUAAGAAAGUUUGGGAGAUGCCCGCCGUGGCCGAAGGCACCGAAGACAUACAAUUCGCAGGAUUUGAAGAAAAUAAUACGGAGACCGCCCAGCCCAACGUUUGUAAAGUGAAGCCGACGCAACAACUGCAGUCGCCGCCGCCGCAGCACUACAAUCACGUGGGCUACCAGGGCGGGUACGGCAGCCUGUCCGUGCCCUCGCCGCCCGCCGUCAUGUUCAACUCGUCCCAGCAACUACUGAGCUCCUCGCAGCAACUGCCGCAACAGAGCGGCCUCUAUGGAGCAUUCCUUGACCAGAGUCGCGGUCAGUUCGGUGGAUUCCCUGGCACUCCGUAUGGUGCCGGCUCAGCCGCGCCAUACAACUAUCAGCCUCCACCUGAUAUGUUCCAGAGCCUUCCUAAUCAAUAUCGUAUGGCCGCAGCUGCCGGUGGUGGUGCAGCAUUCGGCCAGUCGGGCCAACUGGGUAAUAGUCCCAGUACUGUUCUUAUCUCGAGCACUUCUAAUUCUCUCAUGUCAGCCACUGUCAAGCCUUCCACUCAACAAAUAGGCGCUAUCGGUAGCAAAGGCGGCGGAGUGGGCGGAGUGAGCACGUACCAGCAGCAGUACCUGGGCUACUCGGCGCCGGUGGGCGAGGCGCCGUACUCGCUGCCCGGGCUGCUGCCGCGGCCCGCGCCGCCCGCCAGCUCCUACUACUCGCCCUACCAGCCGCCCGCCGCGCCCGCGCCCACCUACCCCCUGCAGUUCACUCAGCCGGCGCAGUCGGGCGCUUUCGGCUCCCAAUUCCUCUCUUCACAACUGCAGGUCGCCGCGGCCGUUCAGCAGAUGCAGCAGCAGUACCGUGCUCCGUUGCAACAACAGUACGCGCCGCCGCAGCCCCGGCCGCCGCCGCAACAGCUGAAGAGUCCGCUGCACGAGCACGCCAAUGGCUUCGCACCGCUAUGCGACGCAGCUUCACCGACGCCCAAGGGGGCAGCCAAGCCGCAGAAACCUCCGCACUCUCCCCCGCAACACAAGUACCACGCGCCGCCACCGCACCCACCGCCCGCUCACACACCGCACCAACACCACCAACAACAGAUGGUGAGCGGAGGAAACAACGGACGAUGCGGAGGAGGAGGCGGCGGAGGUGGGAUGGGCCGCGGCGGCAUGGUGGCGCCGCGCUACCCCGCGCCCAUCGGCCAGCGGCCGCACGCGCCCGCCGUGCCGCUGUACCGCGCGCCGCCCGCCGCGCCGCGCCCGCACCACGCCGCGCGCCCCAACCUCUACUACCACCAGCACCAGCGCAACGGCGGCGCCGGAGAGCGCGCGGCGGACGGCGGCGAGGCGGCGCCACCCGGCGACGAGCCCGGGGAUGAGGCGCCCGCGCCCGACGCGCCGGCGCCCGCCGAGGUGAAGGCGGAGUGAAGGCGCGCGGCCGAGCCCCGCCCCCGCGCCGCCCCGUGCCGCGCUGCCGCCGCACGGAGACUCUCGCGCGCACACCGCGCGCGGCGAACGCGAUCGACGUCGCCGACUUUAGAUUUUCGGUAUUUUAAUUAGGACGUAAAUUAUGGAAGUGAUUCUGAGCCGUUCGACUCGCGGAGCCCCCGCGGCCGCCGCCGAGUCGGCCGCGACGAUACGCGGCGCGUUCUGUUCGUAUGUAAAUAUGUCGAUCGCACGGCCAUCCGACUCCUUGACUGUUAUAUUUAAGUAUAUAUAAAGACGCGACCGGUCGGCGGCUCCGUUGCGACGACCGGAGUUCCGCGAGAACCGUGCGUCCUUGUCCGAUGCUGCCUCGAGACCUCUCAUUAGUGAAUAUGUAGCUACGGAUUUUGCAGAGCGUAUGUCGAUGCGAUAUAACCGAAUAAUAAAUAUAAUUUGGAGCGCAGGUGACCGAAUGCCGCUCGGCGUGUCUGCCGAACGACGCGGUUUAUCGCUCCAUGUAUCAUAAUCAAUUAAUAUUAUAUGCGAAUAAAAAUUAUUAUGACCGAUA